AUGCUCAUUCUAAAGUUCAACACACUUUCAGCCGACGAUUUGUUUGCCAUUGAACGCUGCUUGCUUCGAUGGCUUGAUGAUAAAGCACGGCCUAACAUCGACCCCGAUUUCAAUGUUCUCGACUAUGGUCGCACAGAGCUAUACGGUCAUUUGCUCGGCGUGUUUGCAAAGCUUGGUGUGCUGAGCGCAUUGGAUAUUACACCUUCCACUUUACUCGACUUUUUAAUCGACGUUGAUACCACCUACCUUAAUGCUCCUUAUCAUUCAUUCUACCAUGCUGUGGAUAUCGUCACUGUGCUUUAUUACAUCCUCACCGAGUUGGAGGCCGAUCAGUAUCUCUCGAAUUUGGAUAUUGCCGCUCUUUUGAUUGCUGCCCUUUGUCACGAUGCAGGUCAUCCUGGCUACAACAACUUGUACCAAGUGAAUGUCAAGACUGAUUUGGCUGCAAGAUACAAUAAUACCUCUGUUCUGGAAGCCUAUUCUGCCACAAUUACACGCGACUUAUUAUACAAGCAUAAGCUUCUAAAGGAUCUAGCAAGUACAAAUGGCAAAAGCGUGAGCCAUCAUUACACGUGGACUGAAGGACGAUUCCUGGAUGCUAUUGAAAGCUUGAUUUUGGCAACAGACAUGGUGUAUCACUUUGAAUUACAAGAACAAGCGGGCGUACUCGAGGAAUUGCUCUCGCAAGAUGAUGACGACGAUGAUGAUAGUGAUUGGUGCAGUACCAGUGAUUCGGAUAGCUUUGCCAUUCCUACACCUAGUUCAUCCACCUAUGAUGAGGAAGAUUUAUGUUAUUCAUUGAAUCGAGAUCAACGACAAAGUCUAUGUCGCAUCCUAUUGCAUGCAGCUGAUAUCAGCAACACUGUACGACCUUGGACGAUCUCUAAGCAAUGGUCCGAUUUGAUUGUGCAAGAAUUCUUUCGACAAGGCGAUGCUGAAAAGGAAGCAGGAUUGGAUGUAUCACCUGGUAUGGAUCGUGAUCAAUCCACACAACCCGACAUCAGCUUGAAAUUUGGGGACUUUUUGGUGAAGCCUUACUUUGAAGCCCUUGCUGGAUUUUUACCCUCAGCGAGUAUCUUUUUGGAUACAUUGAAUGAGAAUCGAAGUGAAUGGGUGCGACUCAAGACAUGUCCUGAAGCAGCUAUUCCACCUGAAAACGCCGCCAACAAUGAGCGUCAAUUCCCUUCAAGCUUAUUACCACCUCAACCUGUACUCAAUCCAAGUGGUCGUCGUAUCAGCGUAGCUGCAGGCACAGUGGUUAUUCCCGAUCGUCAAAUCUUUGUGGCACGUAAACGACAAAGAAGUACCAUGUCUAUCAAUACACGUAGCAGUAGUGGAGGACCCAAUAAUCUAUUACAACGGCGCCCUGCUGGAUUACGUUCUGCAAGCCAUACCGGUGUACCACGUAUUAUCGUACCUGAUCGACGUCCAAGCGAUCUAUUACAGCAACAACAAGCAUGGUUGUCGCCCACCUUACUGAAAACAACUGUCCUUGAAUCACCCGUAUCCAUGUGUCAUCCUCAAGACCGAUCCCCUUUGUCUCGCGUAUCUAAAAGGUUGGCUUGA